AUGGCAAAUUCGAGGUUUGAGUAUGUCCGACAAUUUGAGACGCAUGAAAAGCUUCUCCCAGACACCUACAUACUUGUACGGAUAGAUGGUAAGAAAUUCCAUGACUUUUCAAAAUGCUACGAUUUUGAGAAGCCAAAUGAUGUUCGAGCACUAAAGCUUAUGAAUGCAUCUGCAAAAAAUGUCGUGCUACAAUACCGAAAUGAUAUUAUACUUGCAUUUGGUGAAAGUGAUGAAUACUCUUUCAUUAUAAAGAGACAGAGCGUUUUAUACAACAGACGCAAAGAUAAGCUAAGUACGUUAUUUGUGUCAUUGUUCACAGCCAACUAUGUGGCAUUGUGGGAUAAGUUUUUUCCUGAAAGAAAACUCGAUUACAAGCAUCUACCGUUUUUCGAUUCCCGCUGUGUUUGCUAUCCUAAUCUACAAACCAUCAAAGAUUAUUUAUGUUGGCGGUUUGUUGACACACACAUAAAUAAUCUAUACAAUACAGUUUUCUGGCAACUAAUCAUAAAGUGCCGGCUUACCCCACGCGAAGCAGAACAAAAAUUAUGUGGAACGUUGAGCAGCGAUAAGCAAGAGAUCUUAUUCUCUGAGUGUGGUAUCAACUACAACAAUGAGCCGGAAAUGUUCAAAAAGGGAUCCCUCAUAACCAGAAAAGGCGAUAUUCUUCACAUUGAUGUGGUCAAGGAAAUAGAUGAGCUUUUCGAUGGCUUCUAA